CUGCACUGCACUCGCAACAACAAAGAGCACGCAGGUAUAGCUAGCUAGCCCACAAACACUUCAGCUACACAUAAUACCUAGCUAGAGAUAUAUAUAUAUAUAUAUAUAUAUAGCCAGCUCGAUCGAUCGACUGACCGGCGGCAAAUUAAACCAAGAAGAAGGGUACGUGAUGGCGGAGAGGGUGUCGAGACUGUCGACGGAGAAGGCGGUGGUGAUCUUCACGACGAGCCAGUGCCCGAUGUGCCACACGGUGACGAGCCUCUUAAUCUCCGAGCUCGGCGUGUGCGCGGCGGUGCACGAGCUCGACAAGGACCCGCGCGGCCGCGAGAUGGAGCGGGAGCUCGCCCGCCGCCUCGGCCGCGCGCCGCCCGUCGUCCCCGUCGUCUUCAUCGGCGGCAGGCUCGUCGGCUCCACCGACAUGAUCAUGUCGCUGCACCUCGCAAACAAGCUCGUGCCCAUGCUCAAGGCUGCCGGCGCCAUAUGGCUCUGAGAAUUUUGCUAGCUACUAGCAGCUGGACCGUAACGUAACCCCCCGAAUUUUGCACCUUAAUUAAUUAUAUAUUUCGAUUCCAUGCAUGCAACUAACUAAAUACUCCGAUCCUACGGAGGGGUCUUAAAUUAAUAUAAGAGCUAAUUAAGUACGUAUUCUCCGCGUGCAUAUGUUUGCUGGGUGCACUGAGAAUCUGCCUGGCCCAGGCGUUGGAUUUUGGUGGCCUGAGGUUCAGAUCCUUGUUGCCUGGCUGUAAACUUUGCCUCGCAGGCAUGCAGCAAGCAAACAAACAGGCCUAUAUAUAUGCAUGGGUAUAGGCUAUAGAGUGUGUUCACAAAUCGUAAGAUAUAUAUGAGGAACCUAUUUGGACCGUCCGGUCACAAUGGGUUGGUUAGGUUGAGAGAAAAAAAAAUUUAAUGCAUGAGAUGCUGUGAGGUUUUGUUUUGCCGCUAGCUAGCAGGGCUGAAAAGGGUGUGAAUAAAGGAACUUGUAACCUCCCAUUUCCAGUUUUUCAAUGAGAUAUAUAUGAAUUUUGAAGUACCUCUA